AACUUCGGAUAAUCCUGUUUAUUACGAUGUCAUUAUAGUUGUUGCAAUUAGAUAAAGAGGGGAAAGCAAGGGGAGAGGCAAAGAAAGGCGGGGGCCAAAUAAAGAAACGGAGCUCAAGGACCGCGGAGAUCGAGGUCGACGAAACUCCGAAAACCCUAAACAGUUGCCGGAUUUGGAAUCCUCUCCCGUGGUCAGGUAGUCUCUUCGCGUUCCGGUUCCUGGAGCUCCUCCUCGACUAGUAGUGCCAGUAGAGUUCUUCCGCAUCGCGCGGUCUGUCCCCCUACCGCCUUCUGCAGCAGUACGUGGAGGCUCAGGAUCGUACCCCUGCGGAUUCCAGGACUUCAUGCGCUGUCUGGUUUUCGUUGGAACCAUCUCGUCCGAGAUCAGUGGGUCCGCGUCGAUCUCGCUCGGUUGGGAUCAGCGGUGGAGGUCUGCUGGCGAGUGUCGAGGAUUUGUCACUGUAGAGGAUUAUUCAGAAUGACAUCAUCUGCAUUGAUUCUCUGCUAUAUGUUGGCUGUUGUAUGCUUGCAAUUAAUUGUUGAUGCGAGGCAUGUCAGGCAUAUAUCAGCAGCAAUGACAACAUCUCCAUCCGCUGCUCCUAUAGGUGGAUGGAAUCAAGUCUCUUCCUUGAUCUCUUUAUCAAAAGUUGAAAAACAUUUCCUAGAAAACCUUCCAAACACUAGAGAACACAGGGAGUACUCUUUACCGCUUGCUGAAACUUCACCAAUGAUGUUCAAAGAUUCAGUUGAUUACAGAUCCCUAACUACUGUUAGGCUACCCUCGCCAAGAGUUCCAAGUUUAGUAAAUUCUUUCUUGGAUCAUAGCAUUCAUCCUUCUACUGAGUUGGCUGUCACACCCUCACCUUCCGGAUACUCUCCUCCAACACAUUCAAAUGCAAGCACAGUUCCAACUGCCUUUGCAGAACCCCCAUUGUCACCUCAAACUGAAUGCUGUGAGCCUAAUAUGGUGCAGAAGCGAGGUACUCAAGAUUGCCAUUGUGUUUACCCAGUGAAGGUUGAGUUGUUUCUACAAAAUGUCUCUAUGAUUUUAAACUGGAGUAAUGAAUUUCUUCGAGAGUUGGCUUAUCAACUCAGGUUGCACAUGGAUCAGUUUGAGAUUAAAAAUUUCUAUGUUGUUGGAGCAUCUGGAUUAAAUAUCACAAUGGACAUAGUGCCAUAUAAAGGGAUAAGUUUUUUGGUUGAUCAGGUUAUUACUAUGAAUACUUCACUUGCACUCCAUAUGAUUCAUAUCAAUCCUGAGCUAGUUGGUGAUUAUAAACUUCUUAAUUUGACUUGGUUCAGGCCACUGGCUUCUCCUCCUGCUCCUUCCCAGUCUAUCUCACCAGUGGCUUCGCCAUCUGGGCUACCCUACUUACCUACAUUUACAACAAAGGGUGAUACUGGAGAUAGGAAGCACUCAAAUUUUUUAUUGGUUAUCGGCAUAUGUAUCAGUGUCCUGAUUGUUGUUACUUUUGUUCUGUUGAUCCUUUGUCUUUGUUCAUGCUGCAAAGCGAAAGAGGUGCCUGCUGAAGAAGUGAAGUCAAGAACAGCAGACGCAGUUUCUGUUGAAGGUUCUCUUCCGUAUCCCACAAGUACACGUUUUCUUUCCUAUGAGGAGCUUAAAGAGGCUACUUAUAAUUUUGAGCCUGGUAGCUUGCUUGGUGAAGGUGGUUUUGGCCGUGUGUUCAAGGGUGUAUUGAGUGAUGGUACUGCUGUUGCUAUCAAGAAGCUUUCCGGUGGUGGACACCAAGGAGACAAAGAAUUCCUUGUUGAGGUUGAAAUGCUGAGCAGGUUACAUCAUAGAAAUCUCGUCAAACUGAUUGGUUAUUACACCAGCCGCGACUCAUCGCAGAAUCUUCUUUGUUAUGAGCUAGUUCCAAAUGGAAGCCUGGAGUCUUGGCUUCAUGGUUCUGCAGGAGCAAACUGUCCGCUAGACUGGGACACACGGAUGAAAAUCGCCCUCGAUGCUGCUAGAGGGUUAGCUUACCUUCAUGAGGAUUCACAACCCUGUGUGAUCCACAGGGAUUUUAAGACAUCCAAUAUAUUGCUGGAAAACAACUUCCAUGCCAAGGUUUCUGACUUUGGUCUUGCAAAGCAAGCACCUGAGGGGCGUGCAAAUUAUCUUUCUACGCGUGUCAUGGGAACUUUUGGGUAUGUAGCUCCUGAAUAUGCCAUGACUGGACAUUUGGUAGUAAAGAGUGACGUAUACAGCUAUGGAGUAGUUCUACUUGAACUACUGACAGGAAGGAAGCCUGUUGACAUGUCACAACCUUCUGGCCAGGAAAACCUAGUAAAUUGGGCACGGCCAAUUCUUCGUGACAGUAAUAGAUUUGAGGAACUUGCGGACCCUCGGCUUGCUGGUAAGUAUCCAAAGGAUGAUUUUGUACGAGUUUGCACAAUAGCUGCAGCUUGUGUUGCGCAAGAGGCAAACCAGAGGCCUACAAUGGGAGAAGUGGUGCAAUCCCUUAAAAUGGUCUAUCGAGUGGCUGAUCACCAGGAUGCCCUGCCAACUCCCUCAACUCAUCCAAAUAAUAAACAAGCAACUACGUAUGAAUCAGAUGCCACCUCAUCAAUGUUCUCUUCUGGUCCUUUUUCAGGUCUAAGCCUUUUUGACAAUGAUAACAUUAACAGAACAGCUGUAUUUUCAGAGGAUCUCCAUGAAGGUAGGUAAGGUGGAUGCUCAAUGUUUAGAUGUGAUGCCAAGUAUCGAAAUUUUGUGUUAUUAUUGUAUAUUGCAUUUGUCAUCCUCUAAGUUUUGGAUUCAAACACAUGAAAUAUCUUCUUUUUUUGCUUGAAAUGUUGGUUAUCA